CACUUGUCGUAUAUCAUUACAUUAACCUCGUAGUUUAAGUUUAGUGAUAGAUUAGAGAGAAUCUCGCCGUCUUGUCUUUGCCGUAUAUAUUAUUUGAUUAUUCAACACAUAACACUUUACUUCCCUGAGACGUAAAACCAUCCAUUAAAUUAAAGUAUUAAACUACACAAACAAAAAGCAGCGUGUGCAAUUCUCCUAUAAUUCAUAUUUAUAUCUGCCCAUAAAUUUCCAUUUAUUUAUUAUCAAUAAGUUUUCGCUUCUGCUUUUUAUCUAACGCUUCGAAGUUGGGACUUUUGGCUUCACGCAGAAAUGGCUUCAAAGUUGUUGUUGUUGGUUGUGUUUGUGUUUGAUCUGAUUGCUUUUGGACUUGCGGUUGCAGCUGAGCAGAGGAGGUCUACUGCUGAAAUCGCUGAUGGUCCUGGUUAUACCUACUGUAAAUAUGACAAGGAUAUUUCGACUGGCUUAGGAGCGGGUUCGUUCCUGUUUCUUUUAGCUAGUCAAAUCCUUAUUAUGGUGGCAAGUCGAUGCUUGUGCUGUGGGAAGGCUAUGAGACCUAGUGGGGCCAGGGCAUGGGCCAUUGUCUUAUUUAUCACCUGCUGGGUGUUCUUUUUUAUUGCUGAGGUUUGUUUGCUAGCGGGGUCAGUGCGAAAUGCCUACCACACCAAAUACAGGAGUUCCUUGGGCAAUCCCCCAUCGUGUCAGACUUUGAGAAAGGGAGUGUUUGGAGCUGGCGCUGCCUUCAUCGUCUUAACAGGCAUAAUCUCUGAGCUGUACUAUGUUAGCUUUUCCAGAGCUAAUGAUGGGCAGGCUCCCUACAGCAGAGACACUGGCGUGAGGAUGGGAAACUUAUAGUUGAACUGAGUCUGAACGGUUAGAAAUGUUUUAGUAUGUAAUUUUGCUAGUCAGUUGGCUUCGGUAUUAUGAUAUGAAGUACGUACUGUGUCUGCGCUUGUGAUUUAGUAUGCCUUUAUUUAGCAUAUGGAAUUGAUUGAUGAUCUUACUGAUCUUCUGUUGUUUUUCAUAUCAUCUUUUUAGUCCUUUUAAAUUUGUGCCUGCUACUACUCUCUGGAUGCAGAUCUUAACAUUUCCAUUUUAGCGUCUCCUGAUGUAAACCUCAGAUUUUUUAUUCUAUUUUGAUGAGAAAUUCUCUGACUCUUGAAUGUGAA